AUGUUUCAAGUAGCUCGGAAUAUCCUGGUGACCGGCACCAACCGGGGAAUUGGAUUUGGACUGGUGAAAGAGCUGGUGAAAAUAAACCCUCCUCAAGGCUAUAUUUUCGCAACUUGUAAGAACCCUACUGGACCUGAAUCAAAGGCUUUGCAGAAUUUUGCUAGUCAGCAUGACAACACUCACGUGCUUCAGUUAGAUACGACAGACCUUUCCAGCAUAAAGCGGGCUGCGUCAGAAGUACAAUCCCAGCUGAAUGGACGAGGGCUCAAUCUGCUCAUCAACAAUGCGGGCAGAAAUUCCCAAGCCCUUUUUCUGGAACACGUCGAUCAGGAAGAUAUGCUAAGGUCCUACAAGACCAAUGCAGUGGGACCCCUCCUGGUUGUCAAAGAAUUCCUGCCUCUUCUGAAGAAGGCUGCCACGGAGACCACGAAAGGAAACGUGGGAGGCAACAAGGCAGUUGUCGUCAACAUAUCUUCUAUAAUUAGCUCCAUUGGGGAGGGUUUUAAGACCGCAACAAAAAUUCCUCCGGGGUACCAAUAUCGUGUCAGCAAGACAGCGCUGAACAUGGUCAAUGCCUGCCUUGCAGAGGAACUGAAAACAGAUGGAAUUGCAUGUGUUCUGCUCCAUCCUGGAUGGGUGAAAACUGACAUGGGAUCAGAACAGGCUCCUAUGACAGUGGAGACCAGUACUAAGGGUUUGGUGAAGGUCAUUUCUGGUUUAGAUUCGUCGUCAUCUGGCACUUUUCUGGAUUGGGAGGGGAAAAAAAUAAUCUGGUGA